AUGUCCGACGUUGAGUUCGACGAGUAUGAGAUGAGCGAGCUCGAAGAGCAGAUCAUUCUCGAGCAAAUCGAGAAUCCCAAUUUCGACGAGAGCUUCGAGCUCGAUCCGACGGACUACUACUCGUACGAUUUUCUGGAUGCCUUCAAAAAGAAUGGCGCGUUGUCGAUCGAGUUGAAGAACGCGGGCGGUGUGAACAACGAGAAGUUGACGCGCAUCUGCCAUUUCGAUUGGCGUUUGAAUUUCGUCGCCCAGCCCGACGCCUCGCCGCCGUGCUACAGCGUCAAUCUGAGCGCCACGUGCGACUUCGAGGACAUCGACAACGAGAAGCAGUGGAGUUGCGAGGCCAACGUUGGAAUGAACAUCGGCGCGGAGACGAUUGAGCCGCAAGUGGUCCGCUUCUCAAGGGACUCUGUUUAUAAGGUGUUGUGUCCGGUGCUGGAGUUUCAAGGUUUCGACGAAAGAUUAAGGAGCGGUCCAAUCAAGGUUCACGUCGACGUCGAGGUGCUUUCGAUGGAGGGCCUCAAGCCGGAAAUCGAUCCGAUCAAAUCGUAUCCCGAGUACGGCGAUAUCGCUCUCGUUGUCGAAGGCAAGCGACUGAUCACGAAUAAGAUGUACCUGUCCAUCUUCUCACCCGUGUUCCAUCGAAUGUUCUUCGGCUGCUUCCGCGAGAGCUACGAGCACGAGGUGGUCAUCAAAGGCGCCGAGUUCAUGGCUUUCGUCCAGCUCAUCAACAUGAUCAUGCCGGUCGGUGUGGAAGUGACAAGGAAGUAUGUCAUCGGUAUUCUGAGCAUCGCCGAUCGCUUCGAAAUGGAGACGGUCAUCCGCAAAUGCGAAGACUACUUCUUGAGUGGCAACAGCGGCUUCUCGGUGAAGUUCAUGCUCAAAAUCUGCGGCUACUUUCCGAUGGCGAGGCCGGUGGUCGUCGGCGCCACACGACGCCAAUACGAGACGCUGGUGGCGUUUCUGCACAACGCGACGCCGGCGCAACGCGAGCGCGCCAAAACGAUACGCGAUCACGCCGCCUACGCCGAUGCCGUCUUCACGAAUCUGCCGCGUUUUCGAACCGUCGCCGAGGCGAUCGAGACGCUUGUCGUCGACGCCCAACUCGAUGAGCAGCUUCUCUACACGUUCCUCGAACGCGAAUUCCAUUGGGACGGCAUGGACGACGACGAGAAGCACACGAAUCGCAUCGACUUCAUGAUUCACGUCAUCUUCAUGGAGAUUCGCCUCAUGAAUAACAAUAAUAAUAAUUAG